AAUAAAAGCAGCCGGAAGUGAGGUCACUGGUUGCACACAUGGCUCGCAGUGGGGUUUGAUGUUGAAUUAUGCCCAAACUGUUUGCUGUAAAGUUUCCAGGAGAAUGCAGGAGUCUUCCCGAGGGGUUUUGGCCGGCCGUCGACGUGUGGGUAAACAAACCUCACGUCGUCAACAAGCGGCUGUGCGGAGCCACGGAGGCGGAGAGGAGAGACGUGGGAGCCGGGGCUCUGGGCUUCCUGCUGGACGACAACACCGCCGCUUCAGCCUCAGAUGUGCUCUCGUUUUUGACCGGAGGAGUCUCACCUUCAGCGGGACACGACGAGGAGACUCUCUGGUGCUUCAGUGUCAGGACAUUUAUCCCCAAAGUGAAGCGCUGCGCCUCCACAGAGCACAAAGAAGCCAUCCUUAAAGACUUUGACAGGCAACGCGUGACCUUCCUCCCCUUUGAAGAGGAUGAGGAGGGCGGUGUGUGUCUGAGGAAGGGCAACAUUUACCAGAUCCAGCUGCUCCAUCAGGAUGAGCAGUGGGCGUUGGAGCUGCACGCCCUCAGCCCAGAGGAGUGGCUCUCGGACGGGGUGGCCUUCCCAAAGCUGUCCUGGCUCUCCACAGAUCUUUUGCCCAAGCUGGUGCGCUGGGCCACCGAGAGCAGGAGCAGCGAGUUCAGGAGCACGCUGUCCCUGCUGCCGGUGGAGAAGUACAGCCUCGUCUACCAGCAGCUGAAGGACAAAUACAGGGAGAUGGUUAAGGUUUGGCCCGAAGUGACGGAUCCAGAGAAGUUUGUCUAUGAGGACGUUGCCAUUGCUACGUAUCUCCUGGUCCUGUGGGCUGAGGAGCGAGCAGAGAAACACCUGACAGACAAACAGUCAUUUGUGGAUCUGGGCUGCGGAAACGGCCUGCUGGUCCACAUCCUGUGCAAUGAGGGGCACCCUGGAAAAGGCAUUGACGUGCGCAGGAGGAAGAUCUGGGACACGUACGGCCCUCGGACCCUCCUGGAGGAAAAGGCAAUCACUCCCAGCGAGAGCUUCUUAUUCCCCGGCACAGACUGGCUGAUUGGGAACCACUCGGAUGAGCUCACGCCGUGGAUCCCCGUCAUCGCAGCCAGGUCAUCUUACUCCUGCCGGUACUUUGUCCUGCCCUGCUGUUUCUUUGACUUCUAUGGGAAAUACCAGAGGCGGCAGUGUAAGAAAUCCCAGUAUAAGGAGUACAUCGACUUCAUCACCGAGGUCAGCCAAACCAGUGGCUUCAACACGGAGGAGGACUGCCUGAGAAUACCGUCCACCAAACGGGUUUGUCUGGUGGGAAAGUCGAGAAACUACCAGCCGUCUGACGAGGCGCAGGCCGAGCGCCGCAGAGCUCAUUAUAUCCAGAGCCGCCGGAGCCUCGCAGGGGUCGCAGUUCAAGUGUCGCAGGCCACAGAUGACAGAGGCAGUUGUCGUUGCAAUGCAGACACAGACCGGACCCCCGGGAGCGACUGGGGAGCCGGGUUCCAGCCCCGAGAAAGAGUUGAAACCGUUAGAAACUGCGCCGCUCUCCCGCGGGACUUUGUAGACGGCGUCGUCCUGCAGGUCACCGACGCUCUGCUGGGAAUGACAGCGGAGGAAAGUGGAGGUUCUCCUGGCGUCUGGAACCAAGGCGGCAGUCUUUCUGUGAGGGAGGUGGCUGAGCUCUUGCAGCAGGAGACCCUGCAGCUCUUGAAGAAGGAGUGCGGCGGCCUUCAGACGCUGCUCAAGAACAACCACCAAGUCUUUAGAGUGGAAGGAGGGAGGGUCCACAUAAGAGACUGGAGGACGAUGACCGAGAGGAACGCUUCCAGGACAGAUGCCAAGAGGAAGCCCGUCGCUCUCGGUGCCCUGAAAACACGCCCCUGCUGGUUCCACGCCCACCACCCUCAGGGCUGCCCCCUGCAGGCUGAACAGUGUAGUUUUGCCCACGGGGCCGACGACCUCCGACCCUCCACCAGACCGCUGAAAAAAAUAAAGAACAAUGCCAUUUGAUUGGCUCUUUAAUUUGAA